GGAUGGGUACUUUUGCCAUAGACACCAUGAGUCUGUAUGCACUGCUUUUCCAGCGAGACAGCUCGUUCAUCCAGCAUGUGUUGCGCAACCAAUCUCUUGCUCACACUCAUAUGUAUAAGCAUCUUUUCAUUCUUUGCAAGUGGUGCAGUACAAAACCAGCAUGAGCAUGCCCAUGGUGGCGGCUGCAUCCCCGCUGACAGGGCCGCCUUGCUCUCCUUCAAAAAGGGCAUUACAAGCGACAACGCCAACCGCCUCGCCUCGUGGCACGGACUGGACUGCUGCCGGUGGAGAGGCAUCAGUUGCAGCAACCGAACUGGCCAUGUCAUCAAGCUUCAUCUUCACAAUCCGGAUGUGACGUUCGACCCCACUGGGUUCUAUGAUGCAUAUGAAGAUGCCAAUGCUUUGUUCGGCGAGAUAAGUCCCUCUCUACUUUCCUUGAAGCAUCUAGAGCACCUGGACCUUAGCAUGAACUGUUUACUAGGGCCAAAUAACCAAGUUCCUCAUUUACUGGGCUCCAUGGGGAACUUGAGAUACCUUAACCUCUCUGGCAUACCAUUCAACGGUAGAGUGCCUUCUCAGCUUGGUAAUCUGUCUAAGUUGCAGUAUCUUGACCUUGGCCAAACUGGUGAAUAUUCAUAUUCAGAUGUGUACUCAACAGACAUCACCUGGUUAAGAAAGCUAUCUUUCCUGAAGUUCCUUAGCAUGAGGGGAAUAACACUAAAAGGGAUAGCUGACUGGCCUCAUACCCUGAAUAUGGUUCCAUCUCUGAGGAUUAUUGAUCUUUCUGCUUGUUCACUUGAUAGUGCAAACCAAUCACUUCCGCACCUUAAUCUCACAAAACUUGAGAAGCUUGACCUCUCCUGGAAUUACUUUGAGCACUCACUUGGAUCUUGCUGGUUUUGGAAAGCCACAAGCCUCAACUACCUCGAUCUUGGGUGGAACUUACUAUUCGGCAAGUUCCCUGACACACUAGAAAACAUGACGUCCCUUCAAGUCCUUGAUGUUUCACAUAAUUGGAACGUGGACUUGAUGAUGACAGGAAAACUUAAGACUCCUUGCAGUUUGGAAAUCAUUGACCUCUCUGAUAUUUGCAUGAACGGAGUCUUUCAGGUGUUGCUGGAGAGUUUGCCGCAAUGCACAUGGAAAAAAUUGAAGGAGUUGGAUUUAAGUUCCAACAAUAUCACUGGAACUCUGCCAAACUUUAUCAGUGACUUCAUGAGGUUGAGCAUACUAAGCCUCUCCAUAAACAACCUUGUUGGACCUAUACCACCACAGAUUGGGAAUUUGACAUGUCUGACUUCUUUAGACCUCUCCAACAAUCACCUCAAUGGAAAUAUACCACCUGAACUCGGUGCCCUUACCACUUUGACUUAUUUGGACAUAAGUAUUAACGACCUCACCGGGUGUAUACCACCCGAGCUUGGGAAUUUGAGGUUUUUGACCACUCUUUACCUCCGGGCCAACAAAAUUGCUGGACCUGUACCACCACAUCUUGGAAAUUUGACCUAUCUAACCUACCUUGAGCUCAGCUACAAUCACCUCACCGGAAGUAUACCAGCUGAGCUUGGGAAUUUGAUGUAUUUGACUGCACUUGACCUCUCGAAUAACAACAUCACUGCUCCUAUACCACCAGAGCUUAUGCAUUCAACUAGCCUAGCCUAUCUAGACCUCUCCAACAAUCAUCUCAAUGGAAGUGUACCCACUGAAAUAGGUUCUCUUAUUAAUCUGAUCUAUCUGGACCUAAGGAACAAUAGAUUUAUUGGUGUAAUCACGGAAGAACACUUUGCAAAUCUAACAAGUUUAAACAAAAUAGACUUGUCUUCCAACAAUUUGAAGAUUGUACUGAAUUCAGAUUGGUGCCCUCCCUUUACGUUGGACUUUGCAUGGUUUCGAUCUUGCCAGAUUGGUCCUCUUUUUCCACCUUGGCUUCAACGGCUGAAAACCAAUGCACUUGACAUUUCAAGCAACGCUCUUAAGGGCGAGAUUCCUGAUUGGUUUUGGCCUGCAUUUUCAAAUGCCACAUAUAUGGACAUCUCUAACAACCAAAUAAGUGGCAGCUUGCCAACACAUCUGGAUGGCAUGGCUUUCGAUCAGCUCUAUCUCAGUUCCAACCGGCUUACUGGACCAAUACCUACUUUGCCAAUAAAUAUCACCCUAUUAGACAUCUCCAACAAUACAUUUUCAGAAACAAUACCAUCAAACCUUGAAGCCUCACAACUUGAAGUAUUGUGUAUGCAUUCAAAUCAAAUUGGUGGCUACAUUCCAGAAUCCAUUUGCAAAUUGGAACAACUAAAGUAUCUGGAUUUGUCGAACAAUAAUUUGGAGGGUGGAAUUCCUCAAUGUCCUGACAUCCACAAUAUAGAAUAUCUAAUACUCAGCAACAACAGUUUAUCAGGAAAAAUUCCAGCACUUUUAGAGAACAACACACGUCUGCAGUUUUUGGAUCUGGCAUGGAAUAACUUCUCUGGAAGAUUGCCUACAUGGAUAUGGAAGCUGGCCAAUUUACGUUUUCUCAUACUGAGCCACAAUAAAUUUUCUGAUAGUAUUCCAGUCGACGUAACAAAGCUUGUGCGCCUUCAAUACUUGGAUUUAUCAGGCAAUAGGUUCUUUGGUGCAAUACCUUGUCAUCUGUCGAACCUAACAUUUAGGAGAACAUUACAAGAGGAAUACAUGGAUACGUAUGAUCUUCUCCUACAUGAUCCCAGUGAAUUUGCGAUCGGAAUUGGGCCUCAAGAACUAGGACAAAUAUUGUCAGUAAAUACAAAAGGCCAGCAUCUUAUAUAUCACAGGACACUUGAAUAUUUUGUGGGCAUUGAUUUAUCAUGCAACUCCUUGACUGGUGAAAUUCCUACAGACAUCACUUCACUUGAUGCACUAGUGAAUUUGAAUUUAUCAUCAAACCAGUUGAGUGGACAAAUUCCAAACAUGAUUGGCGCCAUGCAGUCAUUAGAAUCACUCGACCUCUCUCAGAAUAAGCUUUCUGGUGAAAUCCCAUCGAGCUUGUCAAAUCUGACAUCUCUGAGCUACCUGGACCUGUCCUACAACAGUUUGUCUGGCAGGAUACCCUCUGGCCCCCAACUUGACACCCUCAGUGCUGAAAACCAGUCACUUAUGUACAUCGGCAACAGUGGACUUUGUGGGCCUCCUGUGCACAAGAAUUGUUCAGGAAAUGAUCCUUCCAUCCGUGGCGAUCUCGAAAGCAGCAAGGCAGAAUUUGAGCCAUUGACCUUUUAUUUUGGUCUUGUGCUGGGAUUUGUGGUGGGGCUUUGGAUGGUGUUUUGUGCACUGCUGUUCAAGAAGACAUGGAGAAUUGCUUGUUUCCGGCUCUUCGACGAGGUGUACGAUCAAGUCUAUGUAUUUGUGGUUGUGAAGUGGGCAAGCUUCGCAAAGAAAAUAGAUGAAGACUAACCAAUUUCUCUUAAGGAGGUAGUGUUUGUACUGCAACGUAUUGAAUGAGAGCUCUGGACUAUUAACCAGGGUGUGGAAAACCUCCAGCAACAUAUGUUAUAUCGUGCGCCUUGUUUGUACCCUCUAAAUAAGAUGAAGAUGUCUAGUUGUUGUGACGCAUUUAUGACUUUACUAUUGUCGAACUAUUGUGGUAAAUGUAAGACCUCAGAAUUGUUUAGUUAUUCAGAUACAUGUAGGACCUUACUAUUCUUCUGGGUUGUAAUAAUCAUGGGGGUCUUCCCCUGAAUAAUUUCAACACUUUUCUGUUGUA